UUUGCUCAUUGUCAGAGAAUCAAACUCAGUUUUCCUUUACUUGUGUUCCCCCAACCAACGCUGAGACAAUGUGUGGACAUCUUUUAAUAUCUGUGCUUGUGAUUAUGAUCAACAUAGAAUACAUUAGUUCCAAAAUGUGGGAGUGCUCCAUGCCAGUAGAGCUUCAAGAAUGUUACAACCGCGCAGGAAAGACAGACGUCCGUGAUUUCGUCGGAAGUCUUUACAACUGGCUGUGCGAGCAGCAUACUAUGCAAGAUGAUCCCGAUAGAAAACCAGAUAUAGACUCAAGGGCAGUCCAGUAUUUGAUGGACUUGUCAAGACAAGCAGCAGACACAGGGAGUACCAGAGAGAAGCGUCAGUCUAGCUCAGGUCCCUGUGUCAGGAAGGAGUACCGCAUGCUGACAUUGGAAGAAAGAAGAAGGUAUCAUGAUGCCAUCAACACGCUGAAGAAUGAUACAUCUGUGAGUCCCAACAAAUAUGACGCCAUCGCUCUAAUACAUCGAGGGGUGACCAAUUUGAUAGCCCACGGCGGUCCCGGCUUCAUGGGAUGGCACAGAUAUUUUAUUAGAAUGUAUGAAUUGGCCCUGAGACUAGUGAAUCCCUUGGUCUGCCUGGUGUUUUGGGAUUCCUCACUGGACUAUUCGCUUUCGAAUCCUGUCCUUUCUUCGAUCUGGACUUCUGAGUACAUGGGCACGCCUCGGGGCCCUGUAGUGAAUGGCCCGUUUGCUUUAUGGAGGACACCAGAUGGCUCUCAGCUCAUUAGGAAUGCCGGCUUAGACGGUGACCUCUACACACCAGGAGUCAUCAAUGACCUCGUGACCAGAAGCAGAUAUGAAGAUCUCUUCCCAGCCAGUGGCGGAACACAAAGAUAUGACUUUGAACUUCAUCAUGGCGCCGUCCAUGUGUACAUAGGUGGCACUAUGAACAGACUCGACACAGCCGCCUUUGAUCCCAUGUUCUUUAUGCAUCACUGCUUUGUGGACUAUUUGUUUCAACGUGUUAGGGCUUUUAUGAGGAGCCGAGGUCGUGACCCCACAAUUUACCCGAGACUUAUACGCUCUCUGCCACGUCACGAGGCCGGAGCACCCACAGGUUUCGGCAAUACAACACAAGCUGACGGCUACUCUGUCAGUCUAGAGAACACAGCCAUUUAUGAAGCCGUCCCAUCGUGCUCAGCCACUUCUCCUUCCUGCGGCAAUAGAUCUCUCGUGUGCAGAAACAAUCGCUGUGUACCAACAACUGCUCCUAUCAGACUAAGGCGAGCUGUGGAAGACUUUGACCAGGCGCUGGAGUGUGACAAGUCUUCCAGAGACGACCUUGCAGUCCAGAAUGAUUACUGCAUCAACAAAACGUGUGACGCAGAGAACUGGGUGUACAUUCCGGUCAACAUAUUCACAGAGAGGCCUCCGAAGUUUGUGGAGUACGACAGCUACCCGGUCCGAAGAGGAAGAGUAGACAAGAGUUUGGACAUUUACUCACCAAAAGCCAACAAUCAAACAAAGGCGAUGAUUACUGAUAGAAUGGGAGACCCUAAGACUUACAGCAGGUGUAAAAAGGAUACUCCGACUGGACAGGUCUUCCUCUACUCACAAGGACUCAACUAUAUCGGGCGCUAUAAAGAGUCUGCAAUAGUUGACCAGAGACUAUCUGUGUCCAUCUCUGUGGGAUUUGUCGGCGUCAGGAAGCCAACAGAAGGAUUAAAAGGCCUAACGAAAGCUUUAAUCAGAGCCCAUGACUCUUGCGGUAGAGUUUGUCGUGUAACCUGCAGAAAUGGGUCUACUGGAGCUUUCAGACCUUGUAGUGGAGUUGUCUGCAUCAGCAAUGAGAAGCCCUUGAUGUAUGGAAAUGAUUAUGAUGAAGCUACCACAAAUGUCUUCGGCUACAAGUCCAUCAGAGAAUACCCCAGAUUCAUGACAGAAAAUGUCUUCAUCAGCUUCUUCUGUGACUAUCCAAAGAAUUAUCCUUUCGCUAAGAACGUCACCAUUUCGUCCAAAAAAGUCUGAAGACGUUGCUGGGAUGGAGUCACCAAGAGAUGCAAAGUCUUUUCUUAAUGAAGUGCAUUUUUAAAUGUUAAAAAAUAACCCACAUAUUUCACAUACUUUAGAGAUACUCACAGUGUCCAUCACUCAUUCUAUAUCAAUAAAAUAAUUGUGAAAAGUUUUGAUAAUAGGCAAAAGCUUGUAGUUUCAAGAUAAGAAUUGAUCUUGCAUAAUUAUACUAUUUGUAGUUUAAUAACAGAGAUACUAAUAGUUCGAAUUUGUAAGCACCGCAAGAAGGAAAUAAGAACAGAAAGAACUUGUAACUUUAUUCUUCGUUGAAAACAAUGAACGAAUGAAAUAAUCUAAUCAAAAAUUAUUUAACAGCAGCCAAGAUUUUGCACAUUGAAUUUGAGGAAGACUUAUGCAAACAAAACACUGUGUAAAUUCAUGAGUUCAGUGUACAUUCAGGAUACUAGGAUAACUGCAGUUUCUUAAUGUUACUUUCUAUAUUUAAAUUUCAAUAGUCAACCAAACAAUGUAUGUAUAUAUAUACAGCCGUAUAGAGCUACUUACGUAGUAGGUCACCUCAAACAAGAAGAAUGAUUUCUAUACUCUAAAUAACUCUAGUAUCUCAGUACGCUUCACAAUAUAACCAGUAUAUACACAGCACAUUCCUAUUCGAUCUAUUUAUUUCCUUACAUUUCCUAUCAUAAAACAGUCAAAAAUGUGUAAGAUUUCUUUUCUAACAAUUGUUAACCAAUGAUCCUAUAACAGUUGUUAGAGUCCAGAAUCAUUUUGUAACAUAAAGUUUUCUUUCAAAUAAGUAACGUCCUACAUGAGACUCAAAUGUUUAUAGUAGCACGUGCUGAAAUAUUCUAGUAUUCUAUCUAUUAGUCUAUCUAUUAGUCUAUCUAUUAGUCUAUCUAUUAGUCUAUCUAUUAGUCUAUUUAUUAUUCUAUUAUUCUAUCUAUGCCUAUUUGUAAAUAAAAAUAAAUAAACGCAUUUUUUUUUUACAUUUUAAAAUGUUACUUUUUUAACUGUUAUGAAAGUCUAUUUUAUUUGUUUGGAAUUUCAAUUUUAAUCCACUAUUAAUAUUAUUCAUUGUAAGUAUAUUCACCUGGUACUGGCAAUAUCGAGAUAUAUACAGAGUAAUUGAGGUAUUGUGUCGUCUCUAAAAUAGAAUCAAUUAAAAAGAUUAUUGUACACUCCGAAUUCUCUGCUGAAAAAGCUUUCUUAUGCCAAGAAAAAGAAUUUUGUAUACAGUAUUCUCUAUUCAAAUGGAUAUGUAUAGAACAUUAACCAGUUCAUCCGAUUUAAUUAAAGCGUAAUACUAUUUUUAUUAUUAUUUAAGUCUUAAGCGAUAAUGGUACUGCAAAGUCAAUGAUUAUUGCUUAUUUUUACUAAAGUUUAUCUCUGAAUAGCAGAUCAGCUCGAUUGAAAUGCAUAUUUAGUUUACAAUGUUAAAACUAUCUCAAUAAGCAGCCCAUGCAAUAAGCAGCCUAUGAGUUAUAAUUUGCAAGCCAUGCUUUUAGCAGUCUAGAAAUAAUCAUUUACUGCCCAUGCUUUCAGAAGUUUAUAAAUAUUAAUUUAUUUGCAGCCCAUGCAACAAGCAGCCC